AAAAAACCUGCUGGGCUAAAGCAACACUUUGCGUGCGACUACUUUCACUUUUCUUAACUACGAUAUUUCAAGAUGGCCGGAGCGACAGCUGCGCUGAACAACGAGGACCAUUCUCUUACGCCCAAUACUUCUGAAAUGUCAAGUUGUGACAAAAAUAUCAUCGAGAUAGCUCGUUCACUGACUCUGGACUAUAUUUCCUACCGGUUAAGGAGCAAACUUGAACAGAGCAAACUCCAAGGGUUACCUCGACAUUUCCUUAUUCCUCCUCAAUCGCCCACCAACGUAUUAACGAGUACUCUACGAAAACUGGCAACCGAUACGGAGGCAAAGUACCCUGAUUUAUUCGAAUCAGUUUGUAAAAAGUUAGAUAUAACACCAGUCUCGGCAUAUCGUACGUUCGUCUGUGUAGCACAAGAGAUUUUCCAAGAAGAAACGAAUUGGGGCCGAAUUGUGGCUUUGUAUGUGUUCAGUGGAGUCGUGGCUCACCAUUUCGUGGAAACGCAACGACCAGAAAUGGUUCAGAAGAUCGUGGAAUGGACUGUGUCCUUUAUUGCCCGUAACUUAUUGACAUGGAUUAGAGAAAACGGAGGCUGGGUAAGUCGUAACUCUGAAUUUUUCAAAUUUAUUCUCCUUUUUUUAUUUAUUUUAUAUUAUUUUUACUAUUUUUUGAUAUUUUUCUCUUUAUCUCGCCUACCAGCUGCAUCCUUGUAGUAAUUUGCUGAAUGCAAAUUUCAGUCUAUAUUUACAUUGAUUAUGAGUGAGACAUUCAUUUAUUCUGUCAAUGUCUCGUUUACUCUCGUGUCUCGAAUUGCUGACAUAUAGUAUUUUAAUGCAAAUUCUACAUGAAAUUUUCUGCCUUGACAAAAUUUAUAGGACCUUACUAAAGUAAACAAGCGAAAUUAAAAUUUCCCUUCAACAGCGGGAUACUAUUUCACCUCAGUAUGUUUUCUUCAACUUUCUUGACAUAAACAAUGUUUCUGUUUUCGUGGGCAGGUUGGGAUCUUGAUUUGAUGGGAUUAUUUGAAAUAAAAUUAAUUUGUAAGUCUAAUGUAAGACAAAUUUUCGGUUGAAGUAUUUAAAAAAAUUCCGUUUGUCAACCGUGGCAUCACUAUAUUGCCCUAUGGUUUUAAUCUUUGAUCACUCUCCAAAAUUCAAGUAAAGAUAUUUGAAAUUCUUAAUUUGCUAUUAUGUAAUAAAGCUUUUAAAACUUAUAGCGUGAACAAAACAAAAUUGAACCAUAAAUAUAUAUCAAGUGACAAAAUUUACUUUGUCUUCCCUUAGAGAUAGUUGUUCUUUUACUUUUUAGAAGGUUUAUUUUUAGUUAAGAACGGUAAAAAUUGUUAUUUUUUAGCCUUGCCUCAAUUCACCAUUUUUUUAAUUAUGAAGAUAUCACUGGCAUUAAGUUCAGUAUUUUGAUAUAGGCCAAUAGACUAGUUUUUUUUUUUCUUGUUGUUUUUUUUUUUCUUGUUUUUUUUUAGCUCACAAUUCUAGUUCAUUGUUGUGCUUAGUUGAUCUAAGUAUUGCAUAAUAUCUAAUCUAGAUUCAUUGCCUUAUUAUCUUGCUGGAACAAAAUUUGUUAAUUUAUAUGUUUCAUGAUUUUAUUUAUCACUUUAUUUUGCAAGUCUUGGGAGGUUGUGAUAUCGUGCCAAUAUCUUGUGUUUCCUUUGGAUGAAAGCUCUCUCGUUUAUUUUUGUUCAAUUUUUUCCUUUAUCCUCAACUAAUAGUUAUCAGCUUUAACUCAGCUGGUCAUAGAUGAUCAGAAUGACUAGCAAAAGUCAUCUUUUAACUAAAGUUUUUUUUCUAUUAGCUCUUUGUAGUACAUGCUGUUGGACAGACUUGUUGACAUCAGCACUAGACAUGAUGUCUUAAAAAUAGCUUUUUGAAAUUUUUUCCAAGGUGUUUACAAUAUAUCCAGAUACUAUGCUUUUUUAAUUUCUAUUUUGAAAAUCAAUUUUUUUUAUUGGAUCACACUCAAUUAUUAGUACAGGUAUAUUUUGUUUCUUUCACCUUUACUUUUCCCAAUGUUGUUAUAAGUGUCCUUGGGAAGGAGCUAUAUUCUUUUUUUAUAUGUUUUCCCAAUGAUAGAGUUGUCACCUUCCUUUGAUGGUCCAUAAUUGAUCUUGCAGUAUGGUCACCUUAACAAACUUUGCAGCUGGUAACAUUGACUGACACAAAAUUGCAGUUAUUCCAAUUUGGGAUCUCUGGGAGAGAGUUCCUUUUACUUGGUUUGGUUGUUACUCCAGAACUUAAUAGAUUUCUCAAAAACUGCUGGCUUUAUUACUGUGCACGGGUCAUUAAGGAGUGAUUGUGGAUAUUAUAACUAGUGUUCGUGUGUUACCUAUUUGACAAGAAAGGGAAUGUAUAUUUUCAUCAAACAGUGUUGCUCACUUGUACAUGCAAGUUGUCUCUUUUAUUGAUGAUGCAUGUUUGGACUUUGAAUACUUUUUAGUGUAUUUGUAGAUCUGGCUUGAAUAUAUUUGACUUCAGAAAUAAUGUAUUAAUUUAAGAUAUCUUAUUUUUUGCAGGAUGGAUUCGUUGCUCACUUCUCUGAUUCUUCGCAGUCACAAACCAUGUGGAAGAGCUUAUUCACUGUGGGAAGUAUCUGUGCUGCUGGGUUAACUCUGUUAGCUUUAAACAAGUAA